GGAAAAAAUGCUUUCGGAGAGGCGAUAAAAUUUAGAGGGGGAAAGCCCAUAAAACUCCUUAAUUAUGACCAGGAAAAAGAAGAAAUUCACAUAAACGAAAGUGCACUGAACAUAUUAAACGAAAUCGAUGAACCCGUCGCCGUCAUCGCGAUAGUUGGUUCAUUCCGUCGGGGAAAAUCCUGGUUCGCGAAUGUUCUCCACGGUCGGCACGACGGCUUCGAACUAGGGGCCGAGCUAGAAGGAUGUACCAGAGGAAUCGACAUGUGGGAUGCACCGUUCUUACAUGAAGGGAAACGUGUUAUUGUACUAGAUUGUGAGGGAAUAGACGAACCUCGGCAAGAUCAACGAUGGGCUACGAAAUUAUUUGUUUUAAGUUUGGUCCUAUCUUCCUCAUUUAUUUACAACAUUAAUGGAAUCGUUGGAAAGUCGGAUAUUGGAAAAUUAUUUUUAAUGACUGAUCUCACGAAAUAUAUUAAUCCACCCAAGGAUUCUAAAAUUUUUCCAAGAUUGGUAGUAUUACUAAGAGAUUUUAUGUUGAAGAGUCCAGAUGAUUUUAGAGAGUAUUUUUUGCAAAGGUUGGACGAGGCCAAUUCUGAUGCUGCAAAUGGCAUCAGAGAGUACUUCGAAGAUUUCGAUGUUUACGGAUUGCCUUAUCCGGGAGUUCAAAGAGAACAGUUACAGUAUAUGGAUAGAGUUAACACUGACAGUUUAGAUCUGGAUUUCGUCUCAGAAGUCGUUCAAUCUGUGAAUGGAGUUCUCUCAAAAGUAAAACCAAAAUAUAUAGGCUCCUCGUCAAUGUCCGGUGCUACAUUUUCGAAGUUCCUCGUGGAAUGCGUCGAGAAAUUAAACGAUCCUGAAAAUCAAAUUAGAUUGUCAAUACCCGACGAAUAUAAUUCUGUGAUCAUCUACGUCGCCCAAAGAACAAUUCAAAAAUGCGGUGGCAUUUAUAUGUCCACCAUGGAAAAAGAAAUUGAAACCCUCAAAUUUCCAAUUCAAUGGUCAGAAUUUGGCUCUGUCCACAAUAAAGCGUUUAAUAUCGCGGAAACAGAGUUUUCGAAAAGUAUAAUUGGCACGGCGCCGCAGAUAGUUAACUUCCAACUAGAGUUUCAAACAGAAAUAGAGAAUAUGAAGAAAAAACUUCAACAAGCCAACUCAGAAGCCUUAUUUGAUCAUAAUAAUCUGUUAGCAGAAAAUUUAUGGGAAAGCUAUGUCAAGAAUGGUCUUAAUUCGGAUAAUCCCUUCUCGAGUAAAGAAGAUUUUGAAGAAGCGGUUGGUAUAUUUGAAGUCGAGUCAGAAGAUUUAAUGAUACCAAGUCCAGAAGCCGAUAAGGUGAUUGCUGAUUUCAAAUCAAAAAAAUAUAAGGACGCCGUUAACAAGUUGGAGUCCAUAGGCGUUUUACAAUCAAAGUUGGCUGAGGAAAUGCGCACCAAUCAGGAUGCACAACAAAAACUUCUUGAGUGUUCUGCUCGGGAAAAUGAAAUGAUAACAAAGCUGGAAGACUUGAAAUCUGAACGCGAAGAAAUGAAGCAUCAAUUUGAGAAAAAGAUGGAAGAAAUGAAUAAUACGUUACAAGAACAAGAUAUUCGUAAUCAAAGAAUUCUGGGGGAGAUUAAGGAAGAAAGAGAGCUAGCGGCCCUAAUGUUGGAAAGCGCGAAGGAUCAUGCAAUCAUAGAGUACGAAAAAGAACUCGCGAAAUUAAAGAAGGAUAAAGAAUAUUGGCGAGAUAUUUUAAAAUCUUGUAUUCCAGUGGUUGAGGUUGGACUAAAAUUCUUAAUGGCUAUUUUUGUAAAAAAAUAUUUGUGA